AUGGCUGCUGGAGGAGGAUGCGGGGAGACGGUGGAGCAGUGCCGGGCAGAGGUGGAGCGUUUGACCCGUGAGCUAGCGGAGGCGAACCGGGAGAAGAUCCGGGCUGCGGAGUGCGGUCUGGUGGUUCUGGAGGAGAACCAGACCCUGAAGCAGCAAUAUUCGGAUCUAGAGGCCGAGCAAGAGGCGCUCCGACAGGAGCUGGAGCAGCUACAAGAGGCAUUUGGCCAGACCUUCUCCACCCAGCGUAAGGUGGCUGCGGACGGGGAGACCAACGAAGAGACCCUCCUGCAGGAGUCAGCCACUAAGGAGGCAUACUACAUGAGUCGCCUUCUGGGGAUCCAGUCAGAGCUCAAACAGAGCCGGGCCGUCACAGUCAACACACAAGCCGACAACGAACACCUCAGUACCCUGCUGCAGGAGCUCAGAGAGAGUAAUGAGAUGUUGGAGCUGCAGCGGAGCCGGAUGAGAGAGGAGAUCAGGGAGUAUAAGUUCAGAGAGGCGCGACUCCUACAGGACUACACUGAGCUGGAGGAGGAGAACAUCACCCUGCAGAAACUAGUGUCCACUCUCAAACAGAACCAGGUGGAGUACGAGGGGUUAAAGCAUGAGAUCAAGGUUCUGGAGGAGGAGACCGAGCUGCUGAACAGCCAGUUAGAAGACGCCUUACGUCUCAAAGACAUCUCCGAGGCCCAGCUAGAGGAGGCCCUGGACUCCCUGAAGAGCGAGCGGGAGCAGAAGAAGCACCUCCGCAAGGAGCUGGUCCACCACCUCAGCCUGUGUGACGUCCAAUACACAGGCAGCGCCCACCUCACUUUCACCUCAGCUCCACCUAGUGGCACGGCUACACCUGUCUCCGCCCUGUCGCCCAGCUCAGAGGAGCCAGGCAGGUGUAACGGGCAUCUACAUGGAGGGUCAGGAACUGGGACGGGGACAGGGUCGCUGCCCAGGGCCAAUGGAGAGUGUCGGGGAGCGGGGAGGAAAGGAGAGGGGAUGGUGUCGGAUCUGUUCAGUGAGAUGAACCUGACAGAGAUACAGAAGCUCAAGCAGCAGCUGCUACAGGUGGAGCGAGAGAAAACAGCACUGUUGAUCAGCCUGCAAGAGUGUCAGACGCAGCUGCAGCAUACACAGGGUGCCCUGAACGAGCAGCACGAGAGGGCCCAACGCCUCAGCGAGAGAGUCACCGCCCUCAGGCGCCUGCACCGGGAGGCCCAGCUCACCCAGGAGGCCCAGCACGACCAGGAGGCACACCUCAACCGAGAGGCCCUGAUGGAGCAGGGAGAAGAGGAAGAGGAGGAGAAAGAGAAGGGAUUAAUACACAGCAGGGGCCAGGCAUUCUGCCACCAGACCCCGGGUCUGGAAAUCCUCCAGUGUAAAUACAGGGUGGCUGUAACCGAGGUGGUCGAGCUAAAGGCUGAGCUGAAGUCGCUGAGAGAGAGGUACAACCAGUGUGUGGAGGGCGGGGUGGAGGAGAGGACGCGGGGAGAGGCCCAGCACAGAUCUCUGGAGCAGCAGGUGGGGAGGCUGGAGAGGAGCUGCCGGGAAGGCAGGGAAAAGGUAGGGGGCCUGGAGACGGAGCUGAGAACAGCCAAGAACAUGGCCAGCGAGAGCCAGGGGGCGCUCAACGCAGCACAGGAUGAACUGGUCACCUUCAGCGAGGAGCUGGCUCAACUUUACCACCACGUCUGCCUCUGUAACAACGAGACGCCCAACCGGGUGAUGCUAGACUACUACAGACACGGCAGAGGACUAAGGGGUAUCAGUGCCUCGCUCAAGGGUGACGACACCCGCGUUCUACUCACGCCCCGCCUCGCCCGGCGGCUCGCAGCCGUUGCCGCGGCAACCUCGUCGUCCGCGGCGGAGUCUCGUAGCCCCUCGGAAUCUCCAUCCAAAGAGCGGUUGUCAGGAGAGGGAGGCCGGGACGGGGGGAGGGACAGGGACAGUCCUGUACCCCGCACCCCUCCUACGGGCUCCCCCAGCAUCAGUGCCUCUUCCUCAUCUUCAUCAUCAUCGUCGCCUGCGGUAGAGCCAGCUGGAGACCUGCGUAGGGAACCCAUGAACAUCUAUAACCUCAACGCCAUCAUCAGAGAGCAGGUGAGGCACCUCCAGAGGGCAGUGGACCGGUCACUCCAGCUGUCCAGACAGAGGGCUGCAGCCAGGGAACUGGCCCCACUGUUUGACAAGGACAAAGAGGCCUGUAUGGAGGAGAUACUGAAGCUCAAGUCCCUGCUCAGCACCAAGAGAGAACAGAUAGCUACCCUCAGACUGGUGCUCAAAGCGAACAAACAGACUGCAGAGAAUGCCCUGGCCAACCUGAAGAGUAAGUAUGAGAAUGAGAAGCAUAUGGUGACAGACACCAUGAUGAAGCUGAGGAACGAACUGAAGGCCCUGAAGGAGGACGCUGCCACCUUCUCAUCGCUCAGAGCUAUGUUCGCCACCAGGUGUGACGAGUAUGUGACUCAGCUGGACGAGAUGCAGAGGCAGCUGGCUGCGGCGGAGGACGAGAAGAAGACCCUGAACUCCCUCCUGCGAAUGGCCAUCCAGCAGAAACUAGCCCUGACCCAGCGUCUGGAGGACCUAGCCUUCGACCAGGAACAGUCGCACUGCACCCGCGGCGGCAAGGUGGCCCGCAUGAAGAGAAGCACCCCCAAAUCUCUCAUAGAUCGUCAGAAGUCUGCUGCCACAGUGCCGCCAGUCUCCUCACAGCUAAGGUGGGAGAAGGCCUCCCAAGCCAGCAGAUGUAGCAUUGUGUCAGGUAUCCAGGAGCACCGAGCUCACUGCCCGCUGAGCAGCUACCGCAGCGGCCCCCCACGAGUGCCUCUCCUUUGGCUCGCCCAGCCGCCUUGUCCCCCUGGUCCUCUAUAA